AUGCCCAAACACACUGAUCAUAAAAAACAAAUACCUAAAAUACGAGAAAGAUAUACAAUUUGCGACUAUUGCAAAGCUAAAGAUCUACUUUGUGAUAAUAAAAUAUCUUGUUCAUUUUGUAAACUUAGUAAUAAAACUUGUAAAAAAAACUAUCGUACAUCUAACAAAACAAAAGUACUCAGAAAAAUAUUUGACGCAAAAAUAAACUUAUUACAUACUAUUGAAGAAGCAAAGUUAAUCUUUGAAUCACUUGAAAAGAAACACGAUUUUGAUAAACUUUACAAAAUACUUGACAAUUUACAAGAUACUUCUGAUGAAGAAAAUGAAUACCCAAAUAUAUCACAACAACAACCAGAAGAAUACACACCACACUAUACUCCAAGCAUGCCUUUUCACCUCUAUAUAAGACAACUAUUCUACCAAGUAGAACAGUGUUUGACUUAUAAUAACUUGAAAGAACUAAUUGAAGUAAUUACAAAUGAUAACCAACAACUGGAAGAAAAGAAUAUUCUAAUAUUUGAACAACAAAUUGAACAACUAGAACAAACCAAAGAAAAAUACUUUCAAGACUAUGAUACUGCAGAAAAACAAAGAGAAUUCUUAUGA